AUGGGUCUGGAGAAGGCAAAGUCCUUGCUGCCGGUCACUGGAGGCAUGUCCUUCUUGGACUUGAUCGCCCAGCAGGUCAAGGACAUGAAGACGCGCUUUGGCACGGAUGUCAAGUUCAUGCUCAUGAACUCCUUCUCCACCUCCGAGGACACCCUGGCGGCUCUGUCCAAGUACCCCGAGCUGGGCACGGGUUCAGACUUGGAGUUCGUGCAGAACAAGGCGCCCAAAGUGGCGGAGUCGGACCUGGCGCCCGCCAGCUGGCCAUCGUCCCCGGACCUGGAGUGGUGCCCCCCGGGGCACGGGGACUUGUACCCCGCCAUGCUGGGCAGCGGCACCCUGGAGAAGCUCCUGGCCAAGGGCAUCAAGUACAUGUUUGUCUCGAACUCGGACAAUCUGGGCGCCACCUUGGAUCUGCAGCUGCUCACCUACUUCGCCAAGAGCGGGUCGCCCUUUAUGAUGGAGGUGGCCGCACGAACGGAUGCGGACAAGAAGGGAGGUCACCUGGCGCAGGACGCCAAGAGCGGUGGCCUGCUGCUGCGAGAAACGGCCCAGUGCCCGGAUGAAGACGAGAAGGAGUUUCAGAACAUCGGGAAGUACAAGUUCUUCAACACCAACAACCUCUGGGUGGACCUGGAGGCUCUUGACAAGCAGUUCAAGGAGAAUGGCGGAGCUUUGCAGCUUCCGGUGAUGAAGAACGGGAAGACGGUGGAUCCCCGCGACAAGAAGUCGACCAAAGUCAUCCAGCUGGAGACGGCCAUGGGCGCGGCGAUCUCCUGCUUCCCUGGCGCCACGGCGGUGUGCGUGCCGCGCGCGCGCUUCGCCCCGGUGAAGACCACCAACGACUUGUUCUCCCUGCGCUCGGACGCCUACGUGCAGACCCCGGACUUCCGUAUCGAGCUGGAUCCCCGGCGGGAGGGCGUGCCGCCCAACGUGAAGCUGGACGGCAUCUACAAGUUCGUGGACGCCAUGGACGCCAUGAUCCCGGCCGGCGCGCCCUCGUUGAUCAAGUGCAAGAAGCUGGUGGUGGAAGGACCUAUCGCGUUCCCUGCCGGAGUUGUCAUUGAGGGCGAGGUGACAAUCAAGAACGCGAGCGGAGAGGUGAAAUCGGUGCCCGCAGGCGUCCACAAGGAUACCACCCUCGAGCUUUGA